GGGGAAAAGGAGGCAGGGAUUUUCAGUGUCUGCAGUAUCUGGUCACUUCAUAAAAGCUCAUUUUAAACAUUUCAGAGAGUCGCUUUCUGUGAGACGCAAAAGUGACUUUUCAGAUCAUAGUUGCUGUGAAUUCCAGGUCACCGUCACAAGGCAAGCAUGUAAACACACACACACAAAAGACACACGCACAGAAACACGUGCAGGCAUGAUUGUUUUGUGUGUUUGAUCCGCGGCAGUCAUGGAGAUCGCGACCGUGGCUGCAGUUGCGGCUGUGGGGCAAGCAGUGGCUGGAGCGCUGCCGACGCACCGCCAGUGCUCCAUCCAGAUCAGCAACCACUGUUCCAGCUACGCGCUCUGUAAUCCCAGAUUCCAUCAGGUCAGCGGGAGCUCCUCCUCUCCGUUCCCCCCCACCAUUCCCGCCAUGUCGUCGGGGAGCGGCCUGUUCAUCAAGACUCCCCACGCCGCGUGCGGAGCUGUCGGCGUCUGCACGUACGACCUCGAGCACAACGACACAAAGAGACGCGAGGAGAAGCUGGCGGUCAUGUACUCGGUGCCCUACGACUUCAACUUGUACUCCAACUGGUACGCGGUGGGAGUCUUGGGCGCUCGCACGCCGUGUGAUUACGACCUGUACUGCCAGAUGUAUUACAAGGCCAGCAGAUGCUUCAUCAGAGGCAAGGCCAACGGGCCCGCUCUCGCCCACGAGGGGGAUCGCUUUACCGUCUUGGCUACGAUGUCGGACACCUACCAGCCGGUCAUGAAGGUCCAGAUCAAUCAGACUCACAAGUGAAAGUGAGAAACGUGUCAAUAAAUCUGUGGUUUCUUCCUGUUUUCAAAGGCUGCUAAUCUGAAACUGACAAGCUGAGAGUUUUGGGACACAACUCAACUCUCCAGCACUCUUCAAAUAAGACAACUUCACUGUAACUGUCUCCCAUGCUGAAUCAUUCUAACCUGUGAAAAGACCUCAACACAGGAGCUUGUUUAAAUGCUGCGUAUUGUUUCAUUGAAAUAAAGGUGAUCUUAUGCUGUUGAAAUUCAGCUAGAAUUAAUUUUAAAUUACUACAGAGAAAGGAAAGGAGAGCUUUAAAUUUUCCACUUUAACGUUGUUUGUGUCUGUUCCUGAUCAUGUGUUUCAAGUCUGAGAGUAAAAUCCUUUUGUAUGUUGAAGCUUGUCAAAAUGUGUUUUCUAA